CAUUCACCGGCUUUCCGUUGAAGAUACACUCGCCAAAUAGAACGAUACUCGGAGGAGGGUCUCAUACCUGAGACCAUACGCCCGUCCAGUCGUGCGGCGCCCGCUAUGGGCCCGAGUUUUCUAGCCGACAAGCACCCUCUACGCCUUUAACGUCCACUCAACACACCAUCCCAACAUGCCUUGGGUCAAUGAAGCGACCGCCGACAGCCCAGGGUCACGAACUUUCCACGCCGUCCUCAAAAAUGCCCUCCUUAGACGCGUUCCAGCAGACCAGUUAACGGUACCCUUGCGAACGCUUCAUUCGCAGUAUCCACUGUCACCCGAUGAAAUCGCAGGACUUCUCCUCGGCUUUCGUGCUCAUAACACCGCCACAGACGACCCUUUAUUAUUCACCUAUGCUGAUACACUGCUACAAGACCGACUCAUAACCGCCGAAAGCUUACUAUCAGCCCUCUUAAACACUUCACGCUUCGCUAAAUGGAAGGAUGGUGUCAAGUCAGACGACCCGCCGUCCACGGGCAUGCCGACGUGCGAGGAACGCAUGUUCAACAUGCUCACGCAAAAAUACUUGGCCGGCGUCUUGCCCAUCGAGCCGCGCAAUUUCCAUCCCCUCCUCUGGGCUUUCACCCGCUGGCUGCAUGCCGUGAAAGAAUAUGAAUUGGCCAGACAGCUACGAGACGCAGCGCUUCAACCUGCAGACGUCUACACGUUCAACUUGUACGAGGCGUUGGCUUCGCUGGCCAUCACUGUCCUCAGUCAUCCAGCUCUACGCAAAGUCGACAAGCUACCAUGGUGGAAGAAGAGAAGGCCGACGCUCGUCAAGGACGCGCGCGAAUUCGACAUGCAAGUCCUGCAAUGGAUUCAAUCAUCGUUGGCCGGCCGACUGCAAGCUCUGGUAACUCUUCCGCCUUUCCUCGAAACCGACGAUAAAGGCAUGCCCGUCUUUUCGGACUCGCAAAUUCUGGGUUCCAUCCAGGAUUUACAGACGGUGAAUUCGCGAGCAGGACUCUACAUCUGGCUAAGCGCUUGUCUCUUUUCGCGCCCAUUUACCGACGAUGCGAACAUGCUGGGAUAUCUGCAGACUCGCUUUUCAGGCGACAUUCACACUCUCAUCGGGCAGUUGCUCCUGGCGAGCUUCGAUCUUCUCACGAAUCAUCUGCGCCAAAAGGAGACCGAGUCGAGCAUACGUGUGGUACGGUCUUUCAUCUGCAACAAGCUCCCGGCUCUGCUAGCAAUCAUUGCAGGAAGCAUGACGCAUGGUGUCCCCGUUGAAGCCGCUGUCCGAGACGCCUUCCCUUCCAUCACGAUAGACGUCCUUCCUCCAAUCACUGCCGGUGCCACGGAAAUCAGAGAGAAGCUCAAAACCACAAGGCUUGAAUUCCUACAAGCCUGCAUGCUGCAUGGCAUCAUGUCGGAAGGUGCUGUGCUUGCAAUCAUCCGUGAGCCUCUUCCGCCUUCGAAAGCCACAAGAUACAGCAAAAGCGGGCUGCUGGCCAAGUUUUCCAACAACACAGGAGCAGUAGAUGGUCUGAUCAACGAGCUGCAAGGCAUGCAAGGAAAUGCAGAUGCAAUUGCCGGGUUCGUGAUCGAUACCAUCGGCAACCUCUGCAUCAACAGAGACACCAUUUCCCUCAAGAUGCUGUGCAACAUUUUGACUCGCAGAAUUGCGGCGGUCGACAUUAUCCUCCAAUACACCUCUCCCAUCCAGCUCCUCUCCCCGCUAUGCAAUCAACUAGACACGUGGAACCAUGACCAGGACCAGAUGGAGUUUACGCCCUCCUACGAGGAAUUUUCCUCAAUUCUUCUCUUCGUUCUGGCGGUGGUGCAUCGAUAUGAUCUUACCACCGCAGAUCUCGGCCUCACAAACGAGGAUGCGUUUGUCUCGAAACUGCUCGGUGACAAUGCCACGAGCUUCUCGCCCAACGACCUCUCCGACGAGCAGAGCGCACAGCUUGGCAAAUGGAUCGAAGGACUCUACACCACCGACGAACAUGGGGAAACUGGGGGGAUAGGUGACGAGGUGAUGCGACCUUGUCCGCCGCAAGCCUUCUUCCCUCUCGUCCCGACACUCUUCGAACAAAGUGUCAUCGCACGAAGAUCGGGUGUGCUGUCAGUAAAGGCCUUUAAGGGAGGGUUAGAGCUGCUUGUCGAGCCAUUCUUGCUUCCGUCGCUCGUACCUGGGUUAAGGUGGUUGGUCAAGCAUUCGUGGGAAGAUCAUGAGGAUGCAGAUGUGCUUUUGCAAUUACUGGAGAAGCUGAUCAAGCCGUCGAGUUCGUCGCCAGAGACGAAGGCGAUGCACCAUGCGAUUCUCGGCAUCGUCGCUGAUCCGUUGUACUCUGCAUUACAAACCCUACAGCAAAGAAAGCCGGAAAAGAAGGAGACCGAUAGCCUCCUGGAGACACUACGACCAUUCCUGAACCAAUCGCGCAUCUUGAAAGCCAACCGAGAUGAAUUGGACGUGUGGACAGAACCUCCGCAUGGGGGCAUUGCGAGAUGCUUACAGAAUACCAUCCGAGAGCUUGUCACCUGGGUCACAACUACAGGACCGAACCCUCCACCGAAAUACACCCACAAGCUCUUUGUCACGGCGUGCGAGAUGGUGGGGCCUGGCGCGACCUUAGACGCCAUCGUUGCCGAACUCACGCAUCAGACCAAGGAGAACAACGGAGCCUUUGCAAUGGACAUUUGCGCAGCGAUGAUAUGUGCUCCAACGCGAGAAUCGCUAGCAAUGCUCACUCAGCUCCCCACACCUUCCACGCAAGCGAUGAUGGGCUCUUCGCCAGUGCGAGAAGCAUUGCGUCUGAGAUGCAGUCGACCACAACAACUCCUGCAAGAGCAGGCUGCAAGCGCCGAAAGUCUUGUGCGCUUGUUUAGAAAAGUCGAAGCACAACUCACCAUCACGCACAUGCCGCAGAUUGGCCUGCCCCUGCCAUUGCACAAAGAAGCUGCCGAUCAGAUCAUGGCGGAUCUCGGCCUGACAGACGCAAACAUGACUGCGCAAGACGCAUCCAUCACAGUAGCGGGCGGAGACGCCUUUGACAACGCAGACUUGGCAACGGUGCUCGAACAGCCUCUGAGCGACGAAGCGGUGCAGAGUCUGGCGAACAUGUCCGCGGACGUCGGCGCGCUUCCAUCGACGCAAACACAAGACAUUUUCGGCGACUUGGGAAUGGACAAUUUGGACUCGCUGGCGGCGGAGAUGGCGACUGCCGAUGGCGGUGGCGCGGGUGGCAGCAACCAGGGCGAGCAGAAUGCAGAGGACGACAUUUUUGCAGAGCUAGACAUGAACAACCUCGACUUUGGCUUCUCGUAGGACGGGGAUGCCUAUGGCUCGGAGGGCUAACUGCGAUGCCUCGGGCCUGCGCUAGAGAGCGGUAUCCGAGGCAAUAGAGAUUUGACGAUGUCGGAGCUUUUCCGUCCUGCGCUUUUUCCGAAAGCUCGGGCACUCAGCACCAAUGCCUCGCGGGGU